AUGGAACGGCUGUUGUUGUCCUUGCUGUUGCUGAUAGCAGCCUGCAGGGGGCAGCCGUGUCCGAAGCGCUGCAUGUGCCAGAGCCUUUCUCCGUCCCUCGCCAUCCUCUGCUCUAAGACAGGCCUGCUGUUUGUUCCUGCAGCCAUUGACCGGCGCACGGUAGAGCUACGUCUACAGGAGAACUUCAUCACAGCUGUUCGAAGGAAGGACUUUGCCAACAUGACCAGCCUGCUCCACCUGACCUUGUCCAGGAACACCAUCAGUCAAAUUCUUCCUUCAGCUUUCAGUGAUCUCAGACGGCUCAGAGCCCUUCACCUGGACUCAAAUAGACUAACUGUAAUCAAGGAUGACCAUUUCAAGGGCCUUACCAACCUCCGACACUUGAUUCUGGCCAACAAUCAGCUCCACUCCAUAUCGCCUCAUGCCUUUGAUGAUUUCCUGUCUACACUAGAGGAUCUGGACCUCAGCUACAACAACCUUGCACAAGUGCCAUGGGACACAAUUGGACGGCUGACAAAUGUCAACACCCUCAACAUGGAUCAUAACCUCAUAGAAAAUGUUCCUCAAGGAGUUUUUACCAACCUACACAAAUUAGCCAGACUGGAUAUGACAUCCAACAAGCUGAAGAAGAUUCCUCCAGACCCCCUGUUCUUAAGGAUACCAGUUUAUGCCAAGUCUAAAGGCUCUCCACUUUCCUCCCUGGUGUUGAGUUUUGGUGGGAACCCCCUUCACUGUAACUGUGAACUCCUCUGGUUGAGGAGACUGACCAGAGAGGAUGACCUGGAGACCUGUGCCUCUCCUCCUGAUCUCAGUGCUAAGUACUUCUGGACCAUACCUGAAGAGGAGUUCAUUUGUGACCCGCCGGUCCUGACCCGAAAGUCACCCCGAACAGUGGCCCUAGAAGGCCAGCCUGCCAGCCUAAAGUGUAAAGCCAAUGGAGACCCGGAGCCUGAGGUCCACUGGAUCAGCCCAGAGGGGCGACUCAUUUCCAACGGCUCGAGAACCUUGGUUUUCCCCAAUGGAAGUUUGGAGAUCAAUGUGACGACCCUGAAGGAUUCUGGGAACUUCACCUGUAUCGCCUCCAACGCUGCAGGGGAAUCCACUGGGAGGGUGGAGCUAGCGGUCACCGCAAUGCCCCAUCUAGCCAACAGCACGAGCCGCAGUAGAGACCCGUCCUCUGAUCCUGCCCCGUCCGACAUCCUGACCUCUUCUAAGGCCGUGUUGCCUAGCAACGAGACACGCGGAGCAGAUCGGAGGGUUUCGUUGGUGGAACUGACUGGAAACUCGGCCCUAAUCAGAUGGACCAAUCAGAAUCCUAUAUCAGGAGUAAGGAUGUUUCAGAUCCAAUACAACAGCUCUGGGGAUGACACACUUGUUUACAGGAUGAUUCCUUCCAGCAGCAACGAUGUCCUUGUUCGAGACCUUGCAGCCGGGCGCACCUAUGAUCUGUGCGUCCUUGCCGUCUUUGAUGAUGUCAUCACGUCACUGACUGCCACUCGCCCUCUGGGCUGUCUGUCAUUCACCACAGACACAGAGUUCAGCCAAUGUCAGGCCCUGCACAGCCACUUCCUUGGCGGGACCAUGAUUAUCAUCAUUGGUGGGAUUAUAGUGGCAUCUGUGCUGGUUUUUAUUAUAAUUCUGAUGAUCCGAUAUAAGGUUUAUAGCCACCAAGGGACAGGGCAUGGGAAAGCUGCCAUUGCAGCAGCUGCACCAAGACCGCAAAGCAACGGACAAGGAGGAGGGGGGCAAGUCCAAGUCCUCCCUCACUCCACAUCUAAAAUGACUGAAAGUCACGAUGACCAAGCUCUGGGGCCAUCCAGGGCUAUGUCACCCAGCAGCACCCUGAGAGACACUGUGGCAUUAGUAGAAGAGGAGAGCAGUGGACGGGGCACAAUGACAAGGACUGACUCUUCGGCCAGUGAGGAGUUGCUCUCACCCACUAAGGCCCGCCUCUCCUCCAGGGUCGCCAUCGAGAUGAAGAGCAGGCCGUCAUCUCUUGCCAAAGAACCCACCUCCCCCAAGGAACGCGCAGGUAGAGAGAAAGACUAA